AUGAACCACUCCAACUCCUCUGAGGCUGAUGCGUUCCGGGCCGAGAUCCUGGAAAACCCGCUCACGACUUAUCUCCUGGCAAUCAUGGUCUCCAUCUGUGGGAACGUGCUCAUCAGCGUUUCUCUCAACAUUCAGAAAUACACCCAUGUGCGGCAGGCUGAGCGUGGCUCCAAGCCCUACUACACCUCCUCUCUGUGGUGGAUGGCCGUGGUCCUGAUGGGAGUGGGAGAAAUGGGGAACUUUGCUGCCUAUGGGUUUGCCCCCGCGUCGCUCAUCGCUCCACUGGGCUGCGUGUCAGUCAUUGCCAGCGCCAUCAUCUCGGUGGUUUUCCUGAAGGAGACUGUUCGCGCCUCUGACAUCCUCGGUGGGACUCUGGCGAUCGCAGGAACCUACCUGCUGGUUACAUUUGCCCCCCACAACAUCGCCUUGGUAACGGCCCAAAUGGUCCACUACAACUUCAUCAGCUGGUACUUCUUGGCUUAUAUGAUCACUGAAGUGGUCCUUUUCAGCUUGCUUCUGUUCUUGUACAAGAUAAAGGAAGUGAAAAACAUCGUGGUCGUGAUGCUGUUGGUGGCUCUGUUGGCCUCUGUGACGGUGAUCUCGGUCAAAGCCGUGUCGGGGAUGCUCACUGAGACCUUCAAGGGAAGCCUGCAGCUCGUUUACCCCAUUUUCUACGUCAUGUUUGUGGUCAUGGUUGCCUCCUGCGCCUUUCAGAUCAAGUUUCUGAACGAGGCCAUGAAAAUGUUUGACGCAACUGAAGUGGUGCCAAUCAACUAUGUGUUUUUCACCACCAGCGCAAUUAUUGCAGGAAUUAUUUUCUAUCAGGAGUUUGAAGACCUGGCUUUGCUCAACAUCUUGAUGUUUGUAUUUGGGUGUUUUCUGUCAUUUCUUGGAGUUUUCCUAAUCGCUCGAAACAGACCAAAGAUAAAACAAGAAAAUACAGAUUUUAUUCCAAUGGAUACUAUUCGCGGGAGACAGCACCUCAGCAAAGUGCAGCCCGAGGCGCCUGUGCCAUACGGAUCACUGGCAGACAAACUUAUGUGCAGCAGAGCGGGUCCAUCUGACGACUCGUAA